GUAAACUAAUGUGGAGCCCAGAGACUGAGGAAAAAUGACGCGGACACGAGUGGGGAAAAGCUGGUUUGCGUAAAAGAAAGAAGGGAAGAGUGAAUUGUCAGCGCAGGCUCACAGCACAACGUGGCCGAGGCUGAUAAACGAAGAGGGUCGGUGAAGGUUUUUUUUUUUUUUACUUUAUGUUUACGCCUACAAGGACACAGGAGCGCAGGCGAGACCGAGCAAAAAAAGAGGACUGGGUGGUGCAUUCAUUGAUUUCUGUUUCUUUUAAACGAUUUACUCGCAAUCGAGGAAAGCGUUGGAUAUCAUGGCUUGACAAGAGCCGACUCAUCACCAGCCGAUCAGCUGCAGUGAGAAUAAAGGCCUUUUAAUCCAGCCUCAGAGCUCCAUGACAGCCGCUUCACUGAGGGCUGGAGAUGUGCAGAGGAGGAGGCGCUUUGCUCAUACAUGUUGGAAGAAAUGAGACCUUAAUGUUGCCACAUCGCUGAAUUUCCCUCUCGCCUAAAUAUAUCCAGCCUAUUGGGGCUCCAGCUCUUCAGUUUUAUCUCUACUUCUGCUCAACAGGAAGCUUUUUUUCUCACUUGGAGGAAUUUAUGGGAUCACAAGUUUCGUCUGAUGAGAUGAGUGUGCGUGCUGGCCAGGGCAGUGAUGAGGUGCUGGUUUCUCAGGCAGUUUGGGAUUACCUGGCUGCAGCUGGGCGGCCCUGGCUCAUUGACUUCCAGCACAAACAGGGAAUGAGCGCUGGCAUCAUUAGGCGAGGAGAGAGAGGAGGCUGCUGUGCCGUGAAGUUACAGCCAGUGGAAGGCUCAAGGAGCACCAGAUCCAGCAUGACGGAUGGACCCAUCUCUAGUGAGACGCGCAAAGCCUUCAUUGACUUAUGCCGAUGUGCCCGUAAAGAAAUGAGCAAACAGGAGGGAGGGUCCAAGAGGAAGAGAGCUCUGCUACCUUGCGUUGGAGCCCUGGAGCAGAAUGGAGAAGGGAGCCUGCUUCAGGCUCCACCUUCCCAGCCUCGGCGCUCCCAAAGACAGCAGCAAAGGUUCAGGAAGCCUGCUGAUGAGGAGGUGUGUGCCAUGCUUCAUGAAGCCUCCCUGAGGAAAGAAAAGGACUCUGGUAUGGGUUCCCACAGUGAAGCAGAGGAUAGAAACAGUUGCUCAAUUUGCAUGGGGGACAUAGUGGAGAGGACCACCCUGGAGAAAUGCGGCCAUUCAUUCUGCCGUUCAUGCCUGGAGCAAGCUUUUAAGGUGAAGAAAGCCUGUCCCGUGUGCAGACUGGUGUAUGGCCAACUGGUUGGGAACCAGCCUGCCAAUGGGUCGAUGACUGUGGAGCGGGAUCCUGAUCUGGAGCUUCCUGGCCAUGAAGGCCAUGGGUGUAUCUGCAUCAUUUACAGUUUUCCUCCUGGAAUACAGACGCUUGAUCACCCAAACCCUGGUGUUCGAUACCCAGGAACGGACCGCGUGGCCUACCUCCCCGACAGCCCUGAAGGGAACCGUGUGCUGGGCCUGCUGCGUCGGGCCUUCGAACAGCGCCUUAUCUUCACCAUCGGUACCUCCAUGACGACAGGCCUGCAAAAUGUCAUCACCUGGAAUGACAUUCACCACAAGACAUCUAUAUUCGGCGGGCCGCGCUGCUUUGGCUACCCAGACCCCACAUAUUUGGUGCGAGUAACAGAGGAGCUCAGAGAAAAAGGUAUUACUGCGGACUGACGACGUGAGACCGAGAAGGACUUUGGACGUUUUUCUUGGGAAUCUCCUCAUUGUGGAUUUGACCAAGCAGCAGGUUUUGCUAUGGAACUUUUGUCACUUUAAAUGUGGCUGAAGGUUUAAAAAAACAAAACAAAAAAAAAACACCUCAUCAGACGGAUGUCCAUUGCUGCAGAAGAAUCCCUAUCACCUCCACUGCCUGUUCUGCUUUGAUCAUUUUUCUUGGCAGUUCAGCUUAUUUAGUGCUACAUGUAGAAGAAAAUACUCUAAAUGCAGUGAAAAUCCUCAAACUGUCACUGCUGGCCCAAGGCCUCACUUCUAUUGCACUUAUUUAGCGGCUUGUCAAGUUUAUGGUACAACAUAUUAUUUCGAUCAUUUAAGUUUUGUUAGUUUAAGUAUAAUUAUGUUCUUUAUUUUUUAUUUCCCUUCUAUGGGUAUUAUUUAGGUCUUAAAAGCACACGUUUUGUUGUGUUUCUCUAAAUUGUUUGUUGAACAUGUUAGAGUGUUAUUAAUUACCUGUUGUAAUGAUUGUACCUGGUUCAUAGCAGAAGAGCACUGCUUCUAGCAACAGAUUUAAAUAUUCUGAUGUUAUUGCAAUCUUAAGCACUCACAGGCACUUUGGUAUUUUCCUUUUUAGUGAAAUAGAAGUAAUGGAGAUUUUCUUCCUCUCACUGCAGGAUGUUUGAGGUCAACAGGUUUAUGCCACCAUCGGCUGUUGGCAGGCAACGUAUUUAUUCAGUGUGAUCUUUAUCUCGAGAUGUACUCCGUACUUAAAAUAAGAGGAAUGUUAAAUGAUGUCUCAUUGCAGCGCCGUUUGGUAUGCAUUGGAACUUCCCGCUGGUUUUCUUCCAGUCGUCAGUCCUGUUUUUUCCAAGAUGUCUUCUAGUCAUUUGCCCCAUUACCUCACUAUGUUGGAAACAUUCUCUGAAUUAGCAGAUUAAUGAUGAUGUCAACUUUGAAGGGCAUAUAGAUCACUUUAACCAAAUCUAAGGCACAAAAGCUCUUUAAAUAUCUAUGCUUUCAUUCCUUUCAAACUAGAUGAUUUUUUCCUAUUAGAUUGUUCUUUUCAAUAUGAGUUAACUAUGUAAAUUUCUUAAUGUUUAACCAACAAUUGGGGAGUUUAGAGAUUAAUUUGAUUGGAGGCGAGUCACUGAUCUCAGUUUGUUGUGCCUUCUUUAUAUUCUUUUUUGACUCAAGAAAUAAUCAGCCAUGAGGGUGUCUGAAAAUGUUGGAAUUGUUUGGGUGCAUUUUAAGCGCCAUUUGAUCAUAUAAAAGCAUCUAGCUUUUAGGAGAAAAGAAACAACUCAGUUUAUAAGAUUUCUAAGCUUAUCGGGUC